UCCUCUCGCGUUCCGAAUUGGCUUGGCUUCCUUCUCGCUCGCCGUAGUUAUCCCCAAGAUGGCGGGGGCCGGUGACGUGCCGGUCCGGGUUUGCAAUCAGGAGAUUGUCAAAUUCGACCUGGAGAUUAAAGCCGCCGUACAGGAUAUCCGGGAUUGUACAGGCCCUGUAAGUGCGCUUGCAGAAUUGAAUGCCAAAGUAAAAGAAAAAUUCCAGCAUGUACGACUCAGAAUACAAGAACUUGAACAGAUGGCUAAGGAGCAAGAUAAAGAAUCAGAAAAACAAGUAUUACUCCAAGAAGUAGAGAACCAUAAAAAGCAAAUGCUCAGCAAUCAGACAGCCUGGCGUAAGGCAAACCUAGCUUGCAAAAUUGCAAUUGACAAUUCUGAGAAAGAUGAAUUGCUGCGAGGAGGAGAUCCUUUACGACAAAGAAAGUCUACUAAGGAAAGUCUGGCAGAGGGGGCAAGUAACAUCACAGAGAGCCUGAUGGGAAUUAGCAGAAUGAUGUCUCAGCAGGUUCAGCAGAGUGAGGAAACCAUGCAAUCUCUAGUUAGUUCUUCGCGAACUAUCUUGGAUGCCAAUGAGGAGUUUAAGUCCAUGUCUGGAACAAUUCAGCUGGGGCGAAAGCUUAUUACAAAGUAUAACCGCAGAGAGCUGACUGAUAAAUUGCUCAUCUUUCUUGCCCUUGCCUUGUUUUUGGCCACUGUGCUUUACAUCUUGAAGAAAAGACUAUUUCCAUUUUUGUGAUCAUUUUAGGUGAAAGGAAGAAGCAUGACUGUGGGGGGAAAAAGAAAGGCAGUAUAUUGCAAAAAGGCUCCUGACAGAAGAAACUUCCAUUAGGCAAAACUUUACAUUGAACUAGUGAGCCAAAUGAGCAGCAGGUUAGAACAAGAGGAAAAAGUGCUUGUUUGCUCUGAGGCUGGAAGGCUGUACCACUUGUCAUAUUCUAUAUGAGACAUAUUCCUACAUCCCUCAUCUUUGGCCAUUUCUACCCCCUUUCUCAGUUCAGUACAGAACUGAGAGAACUAAAAGAAUACUAAUAAACAUGUAUAAAUAUAUUGUAUAUUAUACCUUUGGUAAAGUAGAUGUGAAUGCCAGUACUGUGAAAAUCUUACAAAUUAAAGGAAGCAAGGUGUAUAAGAAGCCUUAUUACUGGUUCUUUUUGAAUGAUAAAAAAAUGACCAUUUCCUUAGAUUAUCUCCAGAAAAAGCAAUGAGGCAAAUCUCCAAAUGCCUUUUUAGUUGAUGGGUCUAUAUUAUUCAUUUAUAUGUUUCUCUUGCCAGUAUUAUUUAGAUAGAUUUCUUCACUUCAUCCCAGAUUCUAGUUCUCCCCCUAUGUAGGGAAUGACUACACUGGAUGACUGGGCCAAUUAAUCUCUCUCAGAUCUAGAUUACUUCCAGGUAAUCAAAAAAAAAAUCUCUAUCAAUUGUACUGGACCAGUGUACUAGAUUAUACCCAUGGCCUUCGCGAAGAGGACUUCAUCCUGCACUGGAUUGAUUCAGCUUGAUUGUAAUACACUAAAUGUUUGUUAUUGUAUUGAAGGAAGUGAAAAAAUGGUACAGUAAAUAUGUUUUCCUCAUUUCUACUGUAAAUAGAGGUGGAUAGAGGGCAGAUGAAAAAGAUCACUGUUCAUGAUUAUAGACCAAGUAUAUUUUAGUUUAUAAGCCACUUUUGAAAUCUUUUAUCUAUAAACUGUCCAGAGUCGCUCUAUGAGUGAGAUGGGCGGUAUCCAAAUUUAAGAAAUAAAUAAAUCUUGCCAAGAAAACUCCAGGGAGUUGGACUGGUAAUUGCCAGGACUCAACACUGACUGGAAGCCCUGUGUGUGCACACUUAGCCGUGCGCGCACAAACACACACAUUGAGACUGUGGUUUUGUGUGUAUGCCACAAGAUGGCACUGAAGGACCAUAUUUCUAAAAAUAACGGACUGUUCUUUAAUUUGCAGCUUUGAAUAGGCAACUAUUCAAAAUAAUAGUGUUGCCUUAAAGCAUAAAAUGCUAGACAGAGGGGAGUCAAAGAAGCAAACUGCACUUAAAAAGAAAUUACUGAUCGAGCUCUGGUAUAUUUUGCACUAAUGCUUAUAUUUGUCUUUAGUUCUCUUAUUAAAUUAAUAUUUAUUUCAAUCUUAACAAGCAAAAGAACUAUAUAAACAUUGUUAUACGUUUGCAUGUGAUACGACUAGAUUAACUUUUUUUUUAUUAUGUUUAAAAACCAACUUCUGAAAGAGUUCUCUGGCAUACUGUAAGAGUGUAAAAUAUGCCGUGAGUGUGUAGAAUUCAGUUGAGAUCCCAACAUACAGAUAAAUCUCAGUGAAGAUAGGAUGAGCUACAAUCUAAGGCAGUGUUUCUCAACGUUGGUGACUUUAAGUCCUGUGGACUUCAACUCCCAGAAUCCCCCAGCCAGCACAGGACUUAAAGUCGCCAACGUUGAGAAACACUGGUCUAAGGUCUUAUGCAAUUGUGUGGCUGAGAGCCCCCUACUUUGUGGUGUGGCCCAAAACAUCCAGUAAAUUGACCCAUGCUGAGAGGCUGGUUUUCUUUAAAAACCCAUAAUAAUAGUGGUCCAAUUGAUAAACUGCAGUCUAGUUUUCAUCAAUUGGAUUAGCCACUUUAACCACAAAUGCCUAUAUGUCAAAUCUGGGAGACAUUUUCUUUGACUAAAGAACUUUUUCCAAGACGCUGGCUUUCAAUUCCAUUCUAUAAUUUAUGAAAUUGAACAUCAUCAACAAAAGAAAGCAGAGCAAGGAGGCCGUGACUAAAAACAGUUGAGCAGGAGGCUCAAAGGACCUCUCCACCUGCACACCUGCAGUGAGCCCUGGCAAUGCGCUGAAACUAAAAAUCUUACUUAAUGAAAGCACAGUUGACUAAUUCAACUAUAUUGGUUCUGUUGGUUUUAUUUGGCUAUCUCUGUGAUUAAUUAGUAAGUUCUCUCCUUUUGUUUGUAUAUUUCUCAUUAUCCAAUAAAUUCUAUUUUUAUGCCUAUA